UUAUAAUUUCCACCCUCUUUCUUCCUUUUCAUUUCCCCUGUUUUCUUUUUUCAUGGCUGAGCACAUAGAAGACGCUGAGUUUUGGCUUCCAUCCAUGAUUUUCAUGGACGAUGAUACUCUAAUGGAGGACCAGAAUCUUAAGAACAAAAACGAUGGCGAAAACAACACUGAGUCGUUAACAUCGAGUCACGGUUUCCCUAUUGAGUUCCCCUUCGAGUUUGAUUAUCCAUACGACUCGUUCUCUGCUAUUAGCUCCAUUCCUGUUGAAUCUGUUGUUGAGUCUACUGAGACUGAGAGAAGUGACGAGGAGGAUGAGUUUCUUGCUGGAUUGACCCGCCGAAUUGUUCACUCAACCAGUCAGAAACUCGCCGUUCGUGAUCUUCCUCUCGACAAAAACGAGGAAAAUGGAGGUUCGGCGGGUUCACCAGAGUCGACUCUGAAUGUGCUCGGAAACUCUUCAGCUUCAAGCAAUGGCGGUUCUCGAGUUGCAGAGAUGAAAAUGAGCAAGGACGUGCCCAAAAACACCAUCUUCAAACAUGGAAAAAACCAACCCAAGAUUCAAAAUCAUGGGUUCGUGAAGAACCCAAGCUGUGGAUUGCCUUUAAACCGGAUCAUUUCUUCUACUAUUGCUCAAACAAAUCAUUAUCAUGGAUGGCAGAUGAAUGCAAGAACUCAACAGCAGCAGAUGAAGAAGAAUAGAUUAAAGAGCAAUAUUGUUGGUAAAAGGCCUUUAUUUCAAGUUCGAUUUCAACCACCGCCUCUGAUUUUGAUGUUCCUCGGUGGACCUAAGAGAGAGUCGGCCGGAACCGGCGUUUUCAUUCCCCGUAAAUACGACGACAAACCUUCUCGGUCUCACAAGAAAUCGGGUAAGAAUUAGUAGAGUUUGAGAAAGAAACACAAAAACUUGAAAAUCAAUCUAAAUCGUAGUGUAUGGUUUGAUAGCAUAUUAGAAUUAGUGUUUUCUUAUCAUGUGGUAAUGUUAAACGAAGAAAACUCGAAAAAUCGAAAAUUAGUAGGGACGAAGAAGAUUGAAGAAUAAAAAAUCGAUUCGAAUUGUAAUAUAUGAUAUUCAUAAACACGACAGGAUUUAGAAUGUGUUCACAAUUACUACUUAAAUCUAUCCUCUGAUUUGGAGACUGUUGCAAUUGUUACUACCG